AUUCCGCCACUUGACAACACGGUGUUUUAGCCAUUAUAUAAACACUCUUCUUGUGAGGACUCUGAGAGACCGAUUGAGAGAGAGAGAGAGAGCUCCUUCCGUGUUCAUACGACAUUAUCGAGGAGCUUCCAUUCUUCUUCUCCUGAGCCCUCUGAUUUUUCCCCCUUGUAUCAAUUGUACGAUCAUUCUUUCUCUGAUUUCUGUUUCCGGAAAGGUCUAAUUCGUGGAAAAAUUAUGGGUUCGGAAGCACCAAUCGAUCUGAACCGGCCCUUGCUGGAUUCUACGAAACCACCGGAGGCCGAUCACCGGCUCGAGAGCGUCUUGUCCGAUUCCCAUUUGCCGUAUUUCCGGCGACUUUACUUAGCUUCCAUGAUCGAGCUGAAGUUUCUCUUCCACUUGGCUGCUCCCGCCGUCUUUGUCUACGUGAUCAACAAUGGCAUGUCGAUUCUCACCAGAAUCUUCGCCGGACACCUCGGUAGCCUCCAACUCGCCGCCGUCUCGCUCGGAAACAGCGGCUUCAACAUGUUCACUUACGGUCUCUUGCUUGGGAUGGGAAGUGCAGUAGAGACGCUAUGUGGGCAAGCUCACGGAGCUCAUCGUUACGAGAUGCUCGGAGUUUAUCUCCAGAGAUCGACGGUGGUUUUGGCUCUCACCGGACUUCCGAUGACGGUGCUCUACGUCCUGUCGAAGCCGAUCCUCACAUUCCUCGGCGAACCCGCAGACGUAGCAUCAAUGGCGUCGGUCUUCGUCUACGGGAUGAUCCCUCAGAUCUUCGCGUACGCCAUGAAUUUCCCGAUCCAGAAAUUCCUCCAGGCGCAGAGCAUCGUGACGCCGAGCGCGUAUAUCUCGGCGGCGACGCUCGUCCUCCACCUUCUCUUCUCGUGGGUCGCCGUCUACAAGCUCGGAAUGGGUCUGAUUGGGUUGUCGCUGGUUCAUGCCCUCUCAUGGUGGAUCAUCGUGGUGGCUCAGAUUCUGUACAUAAAGAUGAGCCCUCGUUGCCGGAGAACAUGGACGGGGUUUAGCUGGAAAGCUUUCGACGGUCUCUGGGACUUUUUCCGGCUAUCGGCGGCAUCGGCGGUCAUGCUCUGUCUUGAAUCUUGGUACUCUCAGAUUCUUGUUCUUCUCGCCGGUCUUCUCAAAGAUCCAGAGCUCGCUUUGGAUUCUCUCUCCAUCUGCAGACACUCAGACAAGAAUUAGUUCAAAACAGAAUCAGUGCACAUUCCCAGCUCUUCACGCAACUUCCGAAAUGUUUCUAACUUGAGAGGUUUUGUCAUCAGAUCUGCAAGUUGAUCUCGACUACCGCAAAACAAUAAAUUGACAACUCCUUCCUUAGUAAGAUCUCUAAGAAAAUGAAAUCUCACCCUU